AUGUCGCGUCCGAGCAAGAAGCGCCCAUCAGACGCAACUACUACGCCCAAUGGCCCUAAAAAGGCCAUGUCGCCACCCAGCAAGAAGCACCCCUCAGACGCAACUACUAUGCCCCAUAGCCCUAAAAAGGCUAUGCCGUCGACCAGCAAGAAUUACCCCUCAGACACAACUACUACGCCUAAUAGCCCUAAGAAGGCAUGCACAUCCUCUGAGAAGCCCGAGGAUAAAUAUGGCUUGUGGAAGUAUCUACUGCCUCUCCCCGCUCCCAACUCACCACCAACUGAUUUUGUUCUACCGGAGAUGUUCUUGAAACCAGGCCCGAAGGAGUUGAAGCUGCGAUUCCUCUUGCGC